UGCAUACUUGCGCAAAACCAAGCAGAUGUGUGUAAAUAACCCCGCUUCCAUAAUGAGCUGGGAUUUGAUCACAUAUGGUGCCAACUUGCUGGAUUCCCAUUUACCGGAGGACUAUGUUUCCGGUGCAAGGGUACUAACCAUGCUGAUUGAUCAGGAUACACCCUUGGCGGUAAGACAGUUGCUGAUUAUAUCACCCAGACAAAGAAUUCAGAAGCUAAUCGGCACCCUUGCUUGGAGAAGCCUAUACGAGCAAGAGAUGAGAUGGUUUGCAGCAAGGAUUGUGGAGCAUCUCGCCGGUAACCUCAACCUUGCUCACUUUCCAGGAGCAUUGGAAUGCAUAUCUACCCUCCUCGAUGAAGAAGCUCUACUUUUAGCAUCUGUAACUCUGCAAGGAACUAAGGAUCUGGUUUUUCCAGGGUUAAGAAUUAUAGAGAACCUAGCUCAUGAUGAACAUAAUUGCACACUGAUAUGCAACACUAAGGAUCUUCUCUCAAAUAUUGUGAAGCCUAUCAGGUCCAAUGAGUUAGUAGAGGAUAUCAAGAGAAACGCUGAAUGGACCAAGGUAGUAGUCGCAUUACUGAAAGUAGUGAGCAGACUCAUGGACUCUUCAGGAACCACCGGAUAUGAGAUGCGCAGAUUAAUUGCAGAUGAUAGUUAUGCAGUCAGAAAUUUGGAGGCCCUUCUGGACAUGGAUAUGAAGAUAAACAACAGUAUCAUAGAGCUACAAAUGAGUGCUAUAGAGGUUCUUACACAAUUAACCUUACAUAAUUCAACAAUUCUAGCAAUGGGGAUAAGAGCAGAAAUUAUUAAGAGAGCGGUACACAUCUUCCUCACGACACAUUGGAUGGGAGAUUAUUUGAAAGAUGAAAAAAGGAAGAUCGAUAAACCAACCACAACUCAAGAAAAUACUUUAACCAAAGUGUCAAUGCGCAGGCGUAUGAAUGAUUUUGUUAACAAAGUCUGUGGAGUAGAGGCAAUAAAGAAGGAAACGAGGAUGAAAGAAGCUAAGGAAACUACAAGCCGGCUUAAAAACAAGGCGGGUGAAGCAUUGGCCAUGUUGUCCAGUGAUUCAGAGGCUGUCAAGAGCUUCACAGGAUGCAAAGAUGAAGAUAUCCAUCGUCUUACUGAAUUGCUCAACUCCAAUAUCAAGACCAUCGAAUGCAAAAUAAGUGCAACAUAUACUGUGGAAAUAGAUAUCAACAUCGGUUGUCGUAUUAGUGCAGCAAUCAUCUUGAAGCAUUUGAGCAACUACGUCAAGGUACCAAUAUUACAGAAGGUAAUCGGACAAUUGAUUCGUGUAAAACAAGAUGAGCCUUCCACUUUACGGAGCCAUAUUAAGCAGUAUGGGGACAGGAGGCUGCAAGUAGAGCAGUUAUCACUCGUUGCAGCGAUAUGUGCAAGCAACAAUGUUAAUCUUGCAACAAUUUUACCUUUACAGAUGUCCCCGAAUAGCAUGUACACUAUGGAAGAUUUUGUGGUCAGUCUCAAGAAGAUGGUGGAGGACAACAUGUACACUACCCCCGUAGGCCUGGCGAUACAGAAGCUUACCUGCAAGAUGGUUAUAGAAUUUAUGAAGCAUGAUCAAAACAUCGAAAUGAUCGACAAGCACAAUAUCAUUAGCACAUUACUGAAGGCUUCAAAGGAGAUGGAUGGGCUUGAGAGCAGAAUACUUUUCUCUGGUAACGAUCAUGACUGCCACGGGGUUCCUCUGAAGCCUCUCUCUUCCGUUCUCUCUAAAAACGCAGAAGAACUUUUGAGACAGAGGAAACAGGAUCUGGUCAUCAACAUUGCGCCUGCUGGUGUACCACCACCAUGAAUGUUGCAUUACGUAUCUUUGUAUCUUCAAAACUUAAUUAUCUGUGUGUUGAAUGCUUGCCAUUUUUUCCUUCAUUUCCUUUUGCGAACUCAUGGACCUUUGUAAAAUGUAAUAAUGGAUUGUGUGCACCUUCGGUGUAGA